UCGUUCUUGCGCUUAUUUCUUAAAUAAAUGUUGGAUUUAUGCUGAGUUAAAAUAUACUUUAAAUGACCGACACAAUAAAUAUCACGGAUGUAUUUGGAGAUUCGAAGGAUACAACGAUAGGGAUGGCGACGCGAGGCCAAGCGUGAAUAACUACGCUCGCCUGCUGUCAGAGGGCCGAGCGUGCAGGCUGUGAGCGAAACAACCCCAGGUGGUUCGUUCGUGUAUUUGACGUCGGUGGACCAUAGCCAUCCUUCACAGUUCGAGUUGAUAUCUCUCAAGAUGGAUGUAAAGGUUUGGGCUCACUCUAUUCCGGUGCAUGCCAUUUCCAUCUCCGAGAGGUGAACGUAAAAGAGCGGGCUUGCUUAGAGACUGGGGCGGCCAUGGCAGGACCACCGCAUGCCGUGGCUCGGCUCGUCUCCGGGGCCCGGGAGGAGUCGCCAUCCUCCGGUAGUCCAGCCGAGAUGCCCCGAAAGCGGAGAUCGUUUUACGUGCUUCGCAUGCGGUCUCCCAGCGCCGCCGUCAACAACAACAACAACAGCCUCGCCCCGUUAGUGAUUCCUGGACAGAUCAAACACAUCUGCAGCAACUGCAGCCGCGGGCGCGAGCUACGGGACGUGGAAGGGGCAGAGCGCCUGGCAGCGCUGCGCUCUGAUUCGCUGGUCCCAGGCACACACACUCCGCCCAUAAGAAGGCGGGGCAAGCUGGCCACCCUGGGACGCCUCUUCAAACCGUGGACCUGGAGGAGGAAGAGAAAUGACAAGUUCCAGCAGAAUUCUGCAGCUCUGGAGAGAAAGAUGUCUAUGCGAGCCAGCAGAGAGGAGUUAAUCAGACGAGGAGUACUAAAGGAGAUCCAUGAAAAAGAGAGUGUCUUGCCAUUGCCUCCCGUCAUGGGCCAGGGUGUGUGUGUGCCCGUCUCAAAGGACUGUGAUGUCUCCAAACCCACUAAAACGGGAGACACUGGGCCAGACUCCAGUAGGAAACUCUCUCCUCCUCUCCCACCAAAGAAAGUGAUGAUCUGUGAGCCGACGCCACCCUCCCACCCCCCUCCCGCUCACAGCGUCACGCACGCACAUUCACACACCCUCACGCUCACACACACUCUGACGCACGCACACACACUGGCCUACCCCAGCAUGCCUAUCUCUCUACAUCCCCCCAGCCGCAUCAUAGAGGAGCUCAACAAGACACUUGCUCUCACCAUGCAGCGACUAGAGAGUUCCGUGUUCCACGCUGUUCCCACGGUGAUGAUUGAGUGUGAGGACAACAAAGAGAAUCACCUGCGGCAACCAGACUUCCAGGGCCCGCCCGGCAGCUACACCCAGCAGGAGAGAGCGGGGGACGACGAGGAAGAUGAGGACGACGAAGACGAUGAAUCACUCUUCACAAGCACUCUGGCUUUGAGGGUGCUCAGGAAAGACUCCCUGGCUGUGAAGAUCGGUAAUCGUCCAUCUCAGUGGGAGCUGGAGGAGAAGAACAUCCUGCUGAGAAAAUCAGACCAGGAGAGACUGGAGAGCAGACAGCAGACCUGCACCAAACUCACACGGAGGUUAAGCCUGAGGCCAACAGCAGAGGAGCUUGAGCAGAGGAAUAUCCUUAAACCCCGGAAUGAGGAGGAGGAACUAGAAGAGAAGAGAGAAAUCAAGAGACGGCUCAACAAGAAGCUGCGGGAGCGGCCCACGGUGGAGGCGUUGCGUGAGGCUCGGAUUCUCAGCUUCAACGACUAUGUGGAGGUGGCCGAGGUGCAGGACUAUGAUCGCCGCGCCGACAAACCCUGGACUCGCCUCACUGCAGCUGACAAGGCCGCCAUACGCAAGGAACUGAAUGACUUCAAAAGCACAGAGAUGGAGGUUCAUGAGUCCAGUCGUCACUUAACCAGGUUCCACAGGCCCUAACCCCGAGCCAGCUGAAGUAUCUCAGUGUGCGACUGGACUUGUGCCACUGGGGGUCCGUGCUGUGCGGAUGGACGGGGUGGGGGUCUGGGACUUGACAUCCCCGCAGGGCGUGGAGCCUCCCGACCCCCCUCGGUCGGCCAUCCCGAGACACCUAAAGUGCUGAGUUGCUUCGCACCAUCCCGAACCGCUUUCACACUGGAUCCAGAUUGACAUCACAUCCAAACCAGAUACCUUCAGCCAGUCUUAACGCCACAGCUAUCUCAAACCCCUUCAGGAGCAGGUUUACACCAGUUGGGAUCAGACCUUCUCUUACGCCUAGUUGUUUUCUUCUUUUUAUUUGACUUUUCUCUUUGACUUCUUUUGAGGCCAUCAUUUUUAAAAACCUAUCCAGGAACAUUGGGAGAGAACCAGAAAUGUUGGAAGAGAUUGGCACUGCAAAUUGUUUUGUGGUAAACAGCGAUGGGAACAUGGAAAAUGUGCUGCCUAGAGGGGUGUGUUUCCCCUCCGAUGUUGGUUUUGCGCUUUACUUUCAUAUAGUUUUUGUAUUUUAUGGUUAUUUAUUUUGUAUCGUUGUUUUAUAUUCCUGCCCAGAGCCCCACAGGCUCCGAUGGGAUGUUCUUAUGCUGGUGUUUCAGGCCUUUCAGUUUUGUAAGACACCUAAUACCCAGGAUGCAAAUGUGUGUGUUUGAGUGUUUGUGUGUGUGUGUGUGCGUGUGUGUGUGUGUGUGUGUGUAUGUGUGAUUGAGCUAGUGAGUGUUUUCACACACACACACACACACAUACUCAGUCACACAUACAUUUUUCCAUCACAGGAUCUUUGAGCAGGUGUGGGGGGAGCGGUCUGAGCAAUAACUUGUUUCAGUUGAAUCACACAGUUCACUACUUCUGUGCAAAAUGUGUGGCUGUGUCACUGUGUACGUGUGUGUGUAUGUAUAUCUUUAUGUCCAUGCUGAGAACCACUCCCCAAGCCCCUUCAGUUGUUGUAAAGACGCUGUAAAGAAAAGCCAUCAAGCCCCCCCUUAACGCCACAACAGGCCGUCUCUGAUAAAAAAAAAAAACUCUCCAUGUACUGCUACUCUGUAGGACUGUAGUGCGAACCACUUCACUCUUCUCCCGCAUCGUGACCCAGCCUCGACCUCAGCCUCACUCUCGUCGACUCUAAUCCGGGCCACACUUGUCACUUCCUAUUCUUACCUAACUCCCCAUCAUCUAACACCAAUUACUGACUCGAUUUUGUACAAAAAGAAGAACAAAAAAAACAACUCAUGCUCUGCGAUGACUAAUUGAAGCCAUACUACUACUACUAGCACACAACUGAUGCCCCCUUAGACUAGUGCUAUUUCACCUCUUGUUCUUUGACACUAAUCCUACCCUGACGUCAUCUCCAUCGCUGACUAGCCCUCGGAUUGUGGACAGUACCACUGAGGGCCCUUAAAAAGUAGGGCACCAACUAGGAAGCACAGUGCCAUAAGAGAAAGCUUCUUCUUCUACUUCUUCACUGUUUACCAGGGUACUGAGGUGCCAAAACUGAUGCCAGUUUCAAAAGUAACCCUCUGAUGUGGCAUUAAUGCUUUAUGUGUGUUAGCGUUUUACAGGAAACUGCCACUACUACUAUGUCGUGUAGAGAAAAAAAAAUGAACACGUUUGUGUUAACUCUUGAAGAUUUUUGUUUUGCAUGAAUCAGAAUUUUGAUGAAAAAAAAAGAGGGUGGGUGAACGAAAGUGCAGUGAGGCGAGCUCCUUGUUUUGGGGGGUCUCGUCCUCGGGAAAAACCUGCAAGCCAAACUGAUGUCUGGAUGUGCAUGAAGGUGCAGUUGAGUCAAUGAGAGACUGUUGAACUUGGUAAGCCACCACUAUAGUACCAGACACCUCAGGGUUUAGGGGAGAGCAGGCAGCAUAGUCCUAGCAGUGAGUGGGACGAUGGCUGUAGAACAGCAUCGGAUGCUCCUGCCUGACGUGCAACAGCAGAACAUAAAUUAAAAUGAUAGAAGUGUCUAUAGAUAUAAUAUAUAUGUAUACUGUAUAUAUAUGUAUGUUGUAGGGCCGAGGGACACAACGUGCACAUUCAGACAACAGAGUCACUAUGUUUGAGGCAGCUCUCUAUGUUACAGAGUUGGAAACUGAAACAAGUGUUCUACAGGAUGGAAAGGGGUGUGUGUGUGAGAGAGAGAGGUUGUGUGUGUGUGUCACUGAGAGAAACAGAGUGUAAGUGUGUGUGUGUGUGUGUGUGUGUGUGUGUGUGUGUGUAUGUGUGUGUGUGUGUGUGUGCACGUGUGUGUUUGUAAGUGGCUAAAGAAGGCAGUAUUUAAAUGGGAGGGAAAUGCAUGUGACAGAUCUGUUCUCAUUCCAUCUCAUGAAGUCUGGAGUCUCUUCUAAAUAAAGGAGCUUUU